AUGGAGAAAUCGCUGCCGGUAUACAUUACCGUUGACGGCCAUCGCAGCUACGUUAGCUACCCGAAGGAACAACAACGAACUUCGUCGAGUGCAAUCGAAAAGCAAGCUGAGCCACACGCACCUAGCAGUGAGCAGAAGAGUAACGAAAAACGAUGCGCACCACCGCCGGCUCAUUCCGAAUCAAGUGAGGAUGAUACUGGCGAUGACGACGACGACGACGACGACGGCGACGACAACGAUGACGAUAAUCGAAACGAAACAACAGUGGAGCCUAGCGGGAAGAGACGGUUGUCAACUGAGACUUCGCAUAGUGGAACGACAGUUGAGAACGAGCCAAAGCGAUCAUGUAGUCAGAAUGGUCAAACAGCCGAUAAAAGGAACAACUCGGAUUGGAAGGUGUACCAGACGCGAUCGAGAAGAAAAAAUGAGAGUGAACCAAAAUGA